AUGGCUGAAGUUGACAAGGACAAGCACUCAUCCCCGCCGCCUAUCGAUCACGAAGUCUUGGAACAAGAAGCUGCUGCUACUACCACGGAUCCUGAAAAGGGCUCAGAUCACAAAUCGCUCGAAAAAAGAAUCGUUCGAAAACUUGAUCUACGCCUUCUUCCGUUGCUUUGUAUUUUAUACUUUUUGGGUUAUUUGGAUCGAUCCAACAUUGGCAAUGCUAAACUUGGUGGCUUGAUUGAUGACCUUGGUUUGACCACGAAUCAAUUUCAAUGGUGCUUGUCCAUCUUCUAUUUCGGCUAUGUGUUAUUUGAUGUGCCGGCAAACAUCAUCUUGCGUAGAUGGCGUGCAUCCUAUUGGCUUGCCAUCAUUACAGCUCUAUGGGGCGUUGUUGCUAUGGCAAUGGCAGGAACUAAAGACUUUCCAGGUCUUAUUAUCGCACGUUUGUUUUUGGGUAUUCUUGAAGCAGGCUUCUUUCCGGGUGUCCUUUAUUAUCUCUCGAUCUGGUAUACAAGAGGUGAAUAUGGCCGACGAGUGAGUUACUUUUGGUCGUUUAGCUCACUUGCAGGUGCAUUUGGUGGCUUGAUUGCAUAUGGUAUCUCCAUGAUUCCCACGCACACAUUGAACACAUGGCAGUGGUUGUUCAUUAUUGAAGGUGCUCCAUCGGUAGUAGCUGCCUGUGUAGCAGCUUGGUAUCUUCCAAAUACACCAGAGACUGCAAAGUUUUUAAACGAAGAUGAACGCAAACUCGAAAUUGAACGUCUUGCAACAGAUCAAGGAGCUGCUAAUGAUCAUGCUUGGUCAUGGGAUCGAGCUGCAUCUGUAUUCUUGGAUUAUAAAACAUACGUCUAUUGUUUCAUCUACAUCACGGGAACAAGCGCUUUGCAAGGUGUGACCCUCUUCCUACCUUCCAUUAUCAGCGGGAUGGGAGCCUGGGAUAAGGCGGUAUCUCAAGCUUUAACUACGCCUCCUUACUUUUUGGCCUUUAUCUUUACCAUCAUUGCAGGCUAUACAUCAGACCGGUUCUUUGAUCGUGCAUAUCACAUGAUUGGUAUCAAUCUAGUGGGCAUGGUCGGUUUCUUGUUGUUGAUGUUUAUUGCUGAAGAACAAGUGGGUGUACGCUACUUUGCUGCUUGCCUCUCAACAAUUGCUGUGUAUGCCAAUGUCCCUGUCAAGGUGGCCUGGUUCAAUAACAACUUUGGUGGAUUGACACGCCGUGCGCUUGCCUCUGCAGUGAUUGUUGCUAUAGGUACAGUGGGCGGUGCCAUUGGUGGCCAAAUCUACUUCGAUGAGCCAUUCUACUUUGGUGGGAACACCAUUGCCUUCUGUUGCCUAGGCGCACAAAGCAUUGCCGAUAUUACACUACGUAUUGUUUUGGCUCGAGAAAACAAACGACGAGACCAGCUGACUCAGGAACAAAAAGAAUAUGAAAUCUUCAAGUAUGGAGGUGCCGAGUUGGCAGGUGAUCGCCAUCCCGAUUUUCGUUACGUAUUAUAG